AUGACAAGCUACAUCAAUUCGACUGAUUCAAGCCCCUGGGAUCAGAUGAUUGUUCUUUCCCAGAAAACCAUCAAUACUUCCUUUAAAAAUAUGUGGGACGUUGCUCAGCUUGAUGGUGAUUCUCCCCUCACCCACUAUGAGCGUACUACUAGAGGUGGAGAAUAUCUCAAGUUUGAUGUUGGCCCUCCCUCUGUGGAAUUACAGGUUGUACCCAAGGAUGAGUUGCUUUUCUUCAAGCUUAAUAUGAAAAGCGGAUCUUGUUUCAUCUACCUGAGCGAUGACUCCAAUGAUGAUAGUCAUAUCGACUGGCAGAUAAACGACUGGUUUUUUGCUUUUUCGGUCAGCAUUGCACAAAAGACGGUCGAAAAAGAAAGCCAAGAGUACAAGGACUUCAAGACCCGUUCUGGGCUUCUCAACUGGGACUUUUCGUUAGCACGUCUCUUUAUUGAUACUUCUUCGUCCACCAAAUUCUCGGAGGAGCUGAGCUCUUUCGGCGACAGGCAGCAAGAUUACAAUACCCUCAUGACUGCCAGAUCGAAGGGUGUCUUCCAGUCGUUCGUUAGUGAAUGGGUUAAUGUAAUGGCGGCGUCAGGAUGCAAUAUCUUGGGUUACUCUGCACAGGCUAGUGCCGACACAAGCGACCAGUAUCAACCCACCUUCCCAGCUACACUUAUCGACUAUGAUACCUACCCUUGGAAGGCUACCCCGACUUCGGCGAACCAAGACAACAUCGACACCAAUUCUCUGUGCUAUCUCAUGAUGUCCAACUUCACCGUGCCUGCAACCGAUGCGGUAACCUACACCGGCCAGUGGACAGAUGACAAACACGGCGGUACCUAUGUUCUGAAUCGUUCCCUCUUCUGGCCCUGGAUGUUUUCGGUGCUUCGGGACGUGGUCAAAUCCAUGGUCCCUGUUCCAGAUGUUCCAACGCUGUAUUGGGACGACACUGACCCGAACCACCCAUAUGCGUCUCGAAUGGAAUAUCACUUUGGAGAUAACACGGCCAGCGAUGACAGCUAUAAAUUUGUCUCAACUGGCCCUGGUCAAUGGUCUUGGACCGGUGUCCCCCUCAGCCAGUCCAACAAGGUCGCUAAUCCAAAGGAUGGCAGCGAUUACGAAACCAUUGUUGAAUCUACCAAUGUUCCUGUGCCUGGUGCUCCCCCUGUCAGCGGUGGCACUGUCAGUUUUUCCGCCGGCCAAGAAAAGAUCAGCCUAACUGGCAAGUCUACUUUUGUUGUCCGAGUAGACCACAGCAGGAAGAAGAACCCUACAUAUACCCUAAUGACUUUUGUCUUGACUUGGAGCGUUUCUAUCGCUGUGGCCGCGGUUACUGAUGGCGGAGUUCAAUUCACCAUUAUAGAUCACACCGUGGACACCGAAUCGACGUCGGUGGGCAACUUGUCCUGGGUACCAUCAGCGGACGUCGUGGCAGCCAAUCUCAAGACUCAGAUGGGCAACAGUCUCGCCAAUGCUGCUUCGAAUGCUAAUGCCAACUUGAUGAGCGUUCUCGCGAACCAGCACCGGCUGUAUCUCCCUGCCAAGGGGCACUUCCUUAUGCAUGACCCUGUUUUCAACAGCAAGGGCGACCUUUUGGUUGGACUGGAUUAUAACGGGGCUGAUGCACCACCACCACCGGCUAAAAAAUAG